UUGAUAUUAUAUGAACGCAGUAGUCUCGGCUUUUAUCAAUUCAUCUGUCUAUCCAACGAAUCUCACUCAGUAAGUAGAUCACACACCCGUCCGUUUUAUUUCCAAAUUCUCCAGACAUUUGAAAAAGUCGUUGUUCAAAACAUACUUCACGGUCGUUCCAUUCUACUAUGCGAGGCUAUUCAAUCGAUCACAAGAUGGCAAUUUGUGAAAGCUGCAUUACCACAUGUGAUGCAUUGUACGGCAUCUAUGCUACGCGAAAAACUUCGAGAAAGACUGCUAAAUACGCAACAAUAUCAUAAACAAUUACGUUCGGAAACAAAUGCGGCGGUCAAACAAGCGCAUAGUCCGUUACAAUUCAGUCCGGCCGAGACGAAGCUUCUCUACACUUUGCACUGGAUCCUGUUGGACGCGGCCUCGGAAUGUGAGGACGCGGAAUUGGAGGGCGCAGUGGGCAAAGCUGGAAGAACGCCAAAGAAUCGAUUUCUUCACGAUCUGUCUUCGUUGCAACUCUUCGUCUACUUGUUUGCUCCAAUUAUUGAGCAACUGACCGCGGCGGACUUCGAAACACUAAAGCUAGAAUCCGGAUUAUCCAUUUGGGUCCCAUUGAUGUCAUAUCGAACGCCACUGCAUAGCACUCUGCCAGUUCCGGUAAAACUUUUUGACGCAGACCACUUAUUACUUUGUCGACCAUGGACUGGAUCUUUCGGUAUGGUGGAGACAAACCGGCCGACAACUUCGACUGGAAGCAGCGGUGUACCUCAGCGAACCAACACGAAAAUGCUUGGUGGAAUAUACCUAGGUGAGGAACGGAAAACUGACGUAAUAACUGGACCGAUGACGACUGAGAAUGUAAAACCAUUUGGAUUGAAUCUGACUGCCGAUUCCAUUCCCCAUGCCGAAGCCAAUUCCGACGUGAGNCCUCGGCUAGAGUGUUAUGCGCAAAGUUCCAGUCACCCCAGCAUGUUUUCCGAGGAUGGACCGCACCAAUUAUCACCGAAGCAACAAGUUGGAUCUGUUCGCACGGCUCAUCCGAUAUCCCCGGUGAUACCAACAUCCAAGACUGUAAACUCUCCACCGAAAGCAAUGCCCGAAACAAUGGAUGAUGAUGAUAUGCCGGAAAAGACCUCAUUACCGCCCACCCGUGGAGAAGAUGAGAUGAUGACGCUGGACAAGAACACACCUCCAGGCUACUCCAGAAUCCAACAGCUAUUGAAGUUAGCCACCGGUCUAUAUGUUGAUAAUGCUGACAAUGGUUGCACACCAGCAGUUUCGACAAGCACCACAGUUCACGCUACGGAACUGCCAACGCGAUCGACUGGACCGGUGUGCUUGUUAGCCACUCACUGUGAUCUAGCUGUUAUUCGUUGCCUGUUCUGUGCCGAAUGGAAUGAGCCUGGUGUAUAUUGGUCACUACGAUAUCUGUUUAUUCGGUUACUGCAAAUCCGCACGGAAUGGCUUCGUGUACAGCAAGAAACACGCCGGUUGCUCAAGUUAGCUCGUGACUGUAUGACCUUGAAACAGUUGGGCUAUUCGAAUGGGACCCUUUCUCAAUCUCAAGGUCGUUUCGGUCAGAUGAACUGGCGUACUGUAUUGCUCGGUUUACGCAGUCUAUCUAUGCCGGAUCUACUCACGAGUACCAACAUAGCGAUGAGUAAAUCUGUGGUUACACCAUCUAGCGAGACAAGCAUUUACUCACCAGAUUCAGGUGGUCCAUCUUCGGUCGGUGAAAAUGCCACUGUCGAUACGCACAAAGUCAGUUCAACCCGGUUUCCCUCACAUCACAUUAAAAGCAAACGAUCUGGUACUCUGGCCGGUUUACUUGGUCAGACUGCCAAAACCAGUCUGGAUUCCAAACGAGGCACCGAAACGGAUGGAAUGCACACAGAAGCCGACCGAGCUCACGGCGGUCGGGGCACGAGAUUGGGCAGCGGCGCUGAGCUGCGAACAAGCUCAGAUGACUAUAAUCCAUCUGGUUCACGUGUUUCAGAAACUCUGGUGAACGAUGCCAGCCUAUCUCUGGCGUUGCCAAUCGUGACAUUUGGAGGUUCACGUUUGGCAGUUGGUCUAUCUCCUGCUCAUCAACCAUCCUGGAAAGGAACAAAACGGUCACGAAUAGCCGAUAUUAAGAUUAUAUGUCAUUUUUAUGAUGAUAAUGAUGAUGACGAUGAUGAUGAUGAUGAAGAUGAUGGAGUAAAGCAUUCGUAG